GGCGGCUCCCGGCCGGCGGGGAGCUGGUCUGGGUGCACCUGGCCACUCCUCCCUUCUGCCGGCUCUCCGGGCGGGCCCGGGCCGGGGGCGGGCACGGCGGCGGCGGAGGCGGUGCUGAGGCACGAGCGUUGCCGCGCGGCUUAGACUCGGUCGGUGGCUUUGUUGGUCAGUCGGUUUUCGUCCUGCGUAGCAGGGCGCGCGCGGCCGCGAUGAGCUGGAACCUGCUGCUCUGGCUGCUGGCGCUCUGCGCGCUGCUCGCGCUCGUGGUGCAGCUGGUAUGCUUCCUGCGGGCCGACGGCGACCUGACCCUGCUGUGGGCCGAGUGGCAGGGGCGACGCCCAGAAUGGGAGCUGACUGAUAUGGUGGUGUGGGUGACUGGAGCAUCAAGUGGGAUUGGUGAAGAGCUGGCUUACCAGCUGUCCAAACUAGGAGUUUCUCUUGUGCUGUCAGCCAGAAGAGUGCAUGAGCUGGAAAGGGUGAAAAGAAGAUGCCUUGAGAAUGGCAAUUUGAAAGGAAAAGAUAUACUCAUUUUGCCCCUUGACCUGACUAACAGAAGUUCCCAUGAAAUGGCUACCAAAGCGGUUCUCCAGGAGUUUGGCAAAAUUGACAUUCUGGUCAACAAUGGUGGAGUAUCCCAGCGUUCUUUGUGUGUGGACACCAGCCUGGACGUCUACAAGGAGCUAAUAGAGGUUAACUACUUAGGGACGGUGUCCUUGACAAAGUGUGUUCUGCCUCACAUGAUUGAGAGGAAGCAAGGAAAAAUUGUUACUGUGACUAGCCUCCUGGGUGUUGUAUGUGCACCCCUUUCUGCUGGCUAUUGUGCCAGCAAACACGCUCUUCAGGGAUUUUUUAAUACCCUCCGAAUUGAACUUGCUACAUACCCAGGUAUAAUAGUUUCUAACAUUUGCCCAGGACCUGUGCAAUCAAAUAUUGUGAAGAAUGCCCUAACUGAAGAAGUCACAAAGACUACAGGCAGCGAUGCAGAUCAGUCCCACAAGAUGACAGUCAGUCGUUGUGUGCAGCUGAUGUUAAUCAGCAUGGCCAAUGAUUUGAAGGAAGUUUGGAUCGCGGAUCAGCCUUUUUUGUUAAUGGCAUAUUUGUGGCAAUAUAUGCCAACCUGGGCCUGGUGGAUAACCAACAAAUUAGGGAAGAAAAGGAUUGAGAACUUUAAGAAUGGUGUGGAUGCAGAUUCCUCUUAUUUUAAAAUCUGGAAGACAAAAUAUCAAUGAAGGAGUACUUGCAUUUUCCAAGCCAAUGGAAAGAGAAACGGAAAACAUGACAACAGCAAUUUUCUUAUGCACUGAAGACUUACUUAUUUGUGAUUUUACUUCUUAAUAGAUACAACUUUCCUUUCAACGUGUAAUAAAUAAGAUUGCCAGGAGUCUUGCAAUAAGGGUAUUAAUGCAUACUACAUUCCUGGAUUAAAGAGCAUUUUAACAUACUCUACCAUGUAUGCUUAAAAUCUAGGUUAGCAGAAUGCCAACCAAAGAAUUACAGUAAUCCAUUUAGCAUAAAUGCAUGGAAUAUUACAUGAAGCAGAGUGCUGGGUAAUGGGCAGAUAUAAAGAAGUGUCUGAAAUGGCAUGCCUCCAAGGUGCUUACACUCUCUUGGAAGAGUUGACAGGUACAAAUGACUGGAAUUUGAAGCCGUAGGUAGGACUCAUAGCAGCCAUUAUUUAUUAAAAAUCUAUUAUAUGUCA